UUACGAGAGCGUUCAGAGUACAGCCCGCUACAAUAAACGUGUACUAACCAAAAACUAUUUCAAGCAAAAGGGUCAGAUUUAUUUUUCAAGGAUCAGAGAAGAUGACAUCUCUAUCAGUUGAAGAUCUGGUGUAUCCAGGAGCCGUUUCUUUGUUGGCAUCAUUUCAAUUAACAAGAUUUGCUAGAAGUGUUGGAGCUAUGAGAAUGAAGCUAAAGGUACCCUAUCCAGGAACUACUGGAGAUCCUGCAUUUAAUAGAGCAUUUAGAGCACAACAGAACACAUUAGAGUUUACACCAAUAUUUUUUCCAUGUUUAUGGAUGUCUGGAAUAUUUUUCCAUCCAGUUCCUGCAUCAUUGGUGGGUUUAGUAUACCUUUAUUCUAGACAAAUGUACUUUAGUGGUUAUAUGGAGAGUGUUGAGGGCAGACUGCCUGGUUUUAAACUUGGAGUGAAAUGUUUGAUGGCCUUUUUAUUUAUGGGAUUUUCUGGAAUAUCCACAGUUAUACUAAGAAAAUACACUGAUGUUGAUUUAGCUCAAAUAUUCUGGCAGAAUGCUGAAAAAUAUUUACCUUUGAAAUAAAUUUUGUAUGUUACUUUUUAAAAAAUAUAUAAAUUUGAACGAAAUCUUUAAUUUUGUGUUGUGUUUGUUAGAGAUGUCAGAAUGUUUUUAAAAGUUGAUUCUGUAGCAGACUAUUGUUGGAAUAUAAAAAUAGGUUGAUCAUAUAUAUCCUAUAAGAAAUUGUCAUUUGAAAUAUUUAUUGAAGGACCAAAUUUAUAAUUAUUUUUAUUAUAUUGUAUUGUAUGAUGACACAGCAAAUUUAAUAUUAACUAUGCAUUUUUGGGUAUCUAUGUAUCUCAGGUUUAUUUUUGAUAUAUCGUGGUGAAUACUGUUAGAUAUGUAGAUGGCUGGGUUCAUUACAGGCUUAUAUAUAACAUUCUUUAUGAUUAUUGUUGAAUUGACUAAUAAAACACGUUAUCCUA